AUUCUCCUAAACUAAAGCGCAUAAAUCAUUAAAAUGAAUCCCAAUACAAGGUUUUUUCCAUUAAUUAGCUCAAUCCAAAAAGUAGCGUUGUUUGAAACUAAAUCUAAAUUGUACCUUAUUGGCAGCAAUAGUAAAGAAACACGGUUCCGUUUGCUGGAAAUAGACCGUCGCUCAACGGAACUUACAAUUCACGAGGAUGCCAAUGAACUCAAGAAAUCGGACAUUCGUAAGUUUGUCCAAUCUCGUUCUUUCGUUCGGUCAAUCAGCGCGUAUGGUGUUCUGGGAUUUGUCAAGUUUCUGGAAGGCUACUACUUGAUUCUUGUAACCAAACGCACUCGAUGUGCCUUUAUUGGCAAGCAUAUUAUCUAUACCAUUAAGGAUACGGCAAUGAUUCGAGUGAACGAAACACCGGCUGGAAAACAAGUACACCCACUGGAGCAGCGUUAUGUGAAAAUGUUCAACAAUGUAGACUUGAAGAGUAACUUCUACUUCAGCUACAGCUAUGACCUAACACACAGCCUGCAGUACAAUGUUUCAGUGCCGAAAUUUGUCGGAGCGCAGAGUGAUUUAGAAAAGGAUGAACCACUGGUGUGGAAAAACGAUGCAAACGAAAAGACCACGUACGCCUUUCGGGGGGUAUCACGCGAUCGGUUCGUUUGGAAUGCCUAUUUACUGAAACCGAUGGAUAUUGUUUUGCACAAAGAUUGGAAACUGGAAGUCAUACAUGGUUUUAUCAGUCAAUCUAGUAUCAGCAUUUUUGGGAGACCAAUAUACGUCUGUUUGAUUGCAAGGAGAAGUACACGGUUUGCCGGAACUAGAUUUUUGAAGCGCGGUGCAAACUAUUUUGGCGAUGUUGCCAACGAAGUGGAAACAGAACAAAUCGUACUGGACGGUACCCGAAUGUGUAGUUUCACUCAAUUGCGUGGGUCUGUCCCGUCGCACUGGUCACAGGAUGUAAGCAAAAUGGUUCCCAAACCACAGAUUGCUCUCGAUUUAUCUGACCCCUAUGGAGAAACAUCGGGUAAGCACUACGAGCGGUUGAUGUUCCAUUAUGGGGCACCGAUCAUCAUUCUGAACUUAGUUAAAAAGCGCGAAAAAAGACGUCAUGAAAGUGUGCUGAGCGAUGAAAUGGUCUCCAGCGUGGACUAUCUAAACCAAUUUCUCCCGCCACAUUUUCGUAUUAGGUACAUAGAUUUUGAUAUGGCGAGGAAAAGCCGUGGCAAAGGAAAUGUAAUGGAAAGCUUGGCCAAGUAUGCUGAAAGUGUAAUUCAACAGACAGGCAUGUUUUUCCUGGACGAAGAAGUGUCCACUCAGCAAACUGGACUGGUUCGUACGAAUUGUGUUGAUUGUUUGGACCGCACAAAUACCGCGCAGUUUGCAAUCGGGAAAUGUGCAUUGGCUUAUCAGUUGUGUGAAUUAGGAUUUCUCAAGGAGAGAAAACUUGAAUUUGAAUCGGAUUGUGUGACUAUGUUGGAGAAUUUAUAUGAAGACCACGGCGAUACGUUGGCCAUGCAAUAUGGUGGUUCUCAGCUGGUGCAUAGAAUAAAAACCUACCGCAAAACAGCAGCCUGGGCCUCGCAAGGAAAUGACAUUAUACAAACUCUAAGUCGGUAUUGUAGCAAUACGUUCAGCGAUACCGAAAAACAACACAGCAUUAAUCUUUUUCUGGGCUAUUACAUUCCAUCAGAGUCGGAAGUUACGAAAUCAACCCACAUCUGGGAUUUGGAAACCGAUUUCUACAUUCAUAAUUCACGUUUCGAUGUGAUUCGAAAAAUCUCACCAAUCCCGUUAACGCAAUGGGUCCGACGGUUCGUCAUGAAACAUCUGCCGUAUUCGACCAGCGACAACAACCGGGUCGUCAACGAGCUGAUCAAAAUUCAUUCCGCCGAUGCUGAAAUAAUCGAUUAUUACUCGAACUUUUACUACGACUUUAAGAUAACAUCGUUCGAGGAGAACAUUGCUUUUCAGCUCAGUCAUUUGGCGCGCAAUUUUGUUCCUACGUUCCGUACUAAUUUUAGUCCAUUCGAACCGACCCGUCGUCGGGAAAAUGCGGCAAUCAAGAACCCAUCCCUGAGCGGACAAUCGUCCACUAGUUCCACUAACAGUUCAUCGUCUAGUUUGGAUGAGGACACGGAUUCGGAGGAUGACGAUCGAAGCAUUCGCAAUACGGCUGCCAACAGUAGCGCUAACAGCAGUCGUGCUGAGGAUCCUGUUACCAUCAACAGUAUGUUUCCAAUGACGGGGGAUGUCUAUGGGUUUGAAAUCCAUACACCAAAAAAGACCGACAUGAUUAAGUAUCAGAAAUACGUUCAAAUGAAUCGAAUCUGUAAUCCGCAAAUUUAUGCUGGCAUGAAACCGGACCAGCAUCAACUUUAUUCCAAUCUUCAGACGCAGUCUCAGCCGGGUGGCAUUGUUUUACAAAAUAAUGAAAUCUGUUUUAGUGAUGGAAGGCGCACGGAUACUACGGGGAAUAUCCCAAUACCGACGGUCAGUGCUGAAAGUAUAGCUAUCUACGAAAGUUAUUGUUCUACGCAGCAACGGAUCAUGGAACAGACUGAUGUUGAUCCUAUUAUUUUAAAAUAUUUACAAAGCUCAGAAUAAAAUGUAAAA